AUGGGUUUAUGUGAGCAUCUCUUAAGGGGCGGGAAAUUUACUUAUUGUGUUGGGGAUAAAUUUAGUCGUAUUGAUCGCAUUUUUAUAUCUUCAAACAUUUUGUUGGAUUGGCCUAAUGCGGAAUAUCGUGUGUUACACCGGGAGUUAUCUGAUCAUGCUCCCUUGUUAUUUAAAGUAGUGACUCGGAAUUUUGGAUCGAAACCUUUUCGUUUUUACAAUUCUUGGUUAGCUCGGGAUGGUAUUGACGAGGUUGUGACUAAUGCGGUGGCGAGGGACGUUGGUAUGGUGUGCCAUCCAGAUCUGCGCCUUAUGAUCAAAUUGAGAAAUGUCAAAGUUGACCUAAAAAAGUGGAUUAAAGAUGUUAAGGAAAAAGAAACAGAGGAGGAAAAGAUAUUGAGAAAAGAAAACGAUGAGCUUCAAGUCUUGAUGGAAGAUAGAGAGUUAAAUGAGGAGGAAACUUGGGUUUAUGAAGAAGGGAACGUUAGAUUGCGAGAGCUGGAUUUAUGGAGGUCUCGUGAUUUAAAACAAAAAUCCCUGGUGAAGUGGGCUAAAGAAGGGGAUGAAAAUAUGGCGUUUUUUCAUGGUUGUAUUAGUAAUAGAAAAGCCUCUAAUGCUAUUCCAGGUCUGAUGGUGAAUGGGGUGUGGGAGACUCGGCCAACUGUUUUAAAAUGUGAAGUCUUUCGGUUUUUCAGAAAUAAGUUCGCUGAGGAGUUGAAGAUUCGGCCGGUUCUCAAUUGUUACGGGUUGAAGCAGUUAUCGCCGAACGAUGCGAAGGAGUUGGUGACGCCAUUUACAGAAGUAGAGAUCAAAGAUGCCACAUUCAGUUGUGGUAGCGAUAAAGCCCUGGGCCCAGACGGUUUUAACUUCCGCUUUAUUAAAAAAUAUUGGUCUCUUUUUGUGCAGGAUUUUAAUCUUAUCUUUCAAGAUUUUUAUUCAAACGCUUCCAUUAGGCGCGGCGUUGGAUCUUCUUUUAUUACAUUAAUCCCCAAAGUUCAAGACCCGGUGGCGUUGGGUGAGUAUAGGCCUACUAAUUUGAUAGGCGUGGUGAACAAGAUUAUUUCUAAAGUUCUCGCAUGUAGACUUAAAAAGGUUUUGAAUAAGUUGAUCAACGAAACUCAAACGGCUUUUAUUUCGGGUAGAUACAUCCUUGAUGGCCCUUUGGUAGUGAGUGAGGUGUCGGCUUGGGCUCGAAGCUGUAAAAAGCAUAUUUUUAUGUUUAAAAUAGACUUCGAGAAAGCUUAUGACAACAUUAAUUGGGGGUUUGUGUUGAUGGUUAUGAGAUAG